AUGAAUUCUUUCUUGGGAGCAGUUCUUGAACAGCAUCGCACAUUUUCUGUUAUUGAUUUGGAUCACUUAGAUAGUCUAUCAGACGAUAAUAUUCGAAUGACGGUGGCACAGAUUGAUAGCUUUUUGACAUCCAUUCAGUCCUUCUAUGAGAAAACAUUCUCUGAAUACAGUGCUUUUACGGAUAUCAUUUUCCCAUUUUUUAUGUUUUUGAAUGCUUUGGUGGCAGCGGUUUCGUACAAGCGCUUUCAUAUGACUCAGUUAAUGAAUUUACGCAAUUUGAUUACUACCUACAACUUCCCAGCCAAAUUUUCG